AGUAGCGGUUUGUCUCGGUAGCUGAGCGGGUCGCAGUUUUGUGCAGAGAACAUUGAUCAGAACUGAUCAGCGCGUGUUCUUCGUGUUCCACCGAACCAGAUCAGCUCCGACGGAAACAUUUUAAACGCUUUAUUAAAAAAAGAGACAUUUUCUCUUCCUGGUUCCGGUUAGCUUGUUGACGGGGAGCGCGAGGAGCUAACGGCCGUCACGUCAGAAACGUCGCUGCUUCUGGUGUUUUCGAUAAAUUCAUGAUCUAUCGAUCGCUUGUGAUCAGAGGAGCCGUUUUCGAGCCGACAACCAUGAGGGCGGGAUCAGCGGCUCCUCGGCAGCGCGCUGCUGGCCACGUCGCUCGUGUCGUGUCAGAGCAGGUGUGAGCAGGCCACGUCCCUCGGGCGGUUCUUUCAUCCGGCGGUUGGACGAAGGUUGGACGGAGGUUGGACGUGAAGAUGCCGAGUGUGCGGAAGGAAGCAGAGUAGAAGUUUCCCCACGGAGCGUCACGCGCGUGGAGCUCGGCAGGUUCUAGAGAAGCUGAAACGGAAGGAGCGCGUGCAUUUUAAGUUUAUUUAAAAUUCUUUAAACAUGAUCGGGUUCGGCGCGAACCGGCGGGGAGGCCGCCUGCCGUCCUUCAUCCUCAUCUUCCUCACGGUGCUCGUCGCCGUGCUCGCCUUCAACUGCUGGACCAUGUCCAACAGGCACGGGCGCGUGCUGGACGAGCUGGCCGAGCUGCAGACGCAGAUGCAGCGCACGGACGCGGCGCGUAGCCGCCUGGAGAAGCGCAACUCUGAGCUGAUGGUGCAGGUGGACGCGCACAAGAAGCAGCUGGAGCAGAAGGACGGAGAGCAGCAGCAGCUGGAGGACAAGCUGAAGGCCCGGGAGGGCUUCAUGAAGAUGUGCUCUGACGAGAAGGCAAAGUUUCAGGGUGAUGUGGCAGCUCACACAACAGAGAUCCAGAGACUGAAAGAGCAAUUAAAAGAGUUGAAGCAGGAGUUUAUGAAGCAAGAGGAGCACAUGAGAGAUGUGAAGAAGAACAGCACUGCACUGGAGAAGAAACUGGAGUAUGAAAG